GAGGAAUUAGAGGGAGACUGAACAGCAGAGAGAACCAUCAUCCAUAAACUUGCACAAUGGCUUUUAGAGCCUUCAGACUGUCACAUGUGUACGAAAAGCAAGCGGCAUCAAAAGAAAAGGGCAAAUCCGGCAUUCACUGCGUCGAGUGCUACGACCGAAAUGUGUACGUGGGGACGAGAGACGCAUCAGUCCAGCACUUCAUCACCACCGGUGACACGAACGGAGACCUGAGUCUCGGUUCAAGCGGACUCAGAGAAGGUAGGGCAAGGAAACUGGGCUCAAGCAACCCCGUCGCCCAGCUGAGGACAGUCCCAGUUUUCAACCAUCUGCUGAUCCUGUGGGACCGCAGCAUCAGCGCCCUCAACAUGUUCUCCUUGGAGCCGGUGUCAGCUCUGAAGAAGAUCCAGCACGUGUCUUUGUUCGAGGUGUGCGACUCGUCAGCGCGGACAGGAAGUGUGGAGAUGGUGACGUCAUCCAGCCGCCGGAAGGUGAUCCGGAUCCACGCGGUGGGAGUGGACCGGUGGGAGGUCGUCAAAGAAAUCCCUAUGCAGCAAGAUCCAGUGGCCUUGGCGGUGGAUGGAGCGAGCCUGUGCGUUGCCACUAGCGACAGGUAUCUCCUCUGUGACACUCAGAGCGGGAGCAGCGAGGAGCUUUUCCCUCACGAUCACAGCAGGCAGCACGUUGUGGUCGCCUCGGUGGGGCCAGGCGAGUUCCUCCUGAACGGGCCUGAAUAUUUAGGCAUGUUUGUGAUGAAGACAGGGAUAUGCCAGCGCCCUCCCCUGCAGUGGCCCCAGGAGGUGCUGGCAGCCAGAGUAUGUUUCCCUUACAUACUAACCCUGCAGCCCCAAACGUUGUCUGUCUACAGCAUGUUAGAUCAGCAGUGCAAACAGACUGUGAGUCUCAAUGAAGCAAAGGGGCUUCUUUCCACAUCAGAUGGUGCGCUGGUGUUCACAGAGAGAGACAUUUUCAGCCUGAGCAUGGUGCCGUUCAGGGAGCAGAUCCAGGCUCUCGCAGGACAUGAGAGGUUUGAGGAGGCCUUGUUGCUGCUGGAGGGAGUUCAAAGUCAUCGACCACUGGAUUCACACAAGGAGUUGCAGAAGGCCAUCACUUGCCUGGCUGGAUUUGCUCAUUUUUACCAGGAGGGCUUUUCAGAUGCCAGAGAUCUGUUCAUCAAAGGAGAGCUGGACCCCAGAGAAAUCAUCCAUCUCUACCCCGACGUGCAGCUGUGUCUCGCCCAGGACUUUCAAUCUGGCCUUGAUCAAGGAAACAAGAGCAGGGACCUCCAGGUGCUCUGGCAGGAGGACAGGAACACAUUUCAUCAUUACCUGGAAUUCCUGGGAGAUCUGCUCAGGGCGGUCAGGGGGACCGAGCAAGGCCUGAGGUGCAGUGAGGAGGUGGACAGCGCCCUCCUGAGGUUAUAUGUCAUACUGGAGGACACGGAAAAUCUGCAGCAGCUUGUGGCUCUUCCUAAUGAGUGCAGCCUGGACCACUGCGUCCCUGUGCUUGAGCAAAACAACAGGUUGUUUGCUUUAGGCUGCCUCUAUAAAAGCCAUGGAAUGGAAACUGAAGCAAUAAAGACCUGGGUGAAGAUAACGGAAGACCUCCACAGAGAUCCUGCAUGCUCAGAUGUGUAUGGGCACAUAGUGAAAACACUCAGUGAGCUGAAAAGCCCAGAUAUUGUGUGGGCAUUUGCAGACUGGACUCUGCAACAAAACCAGGAGACAGGGGUGCAGAUUUUCACCAGGCGUCCGCCAGAUGACCUAUUUGACGCAAACGACGUCCUCACUCUCCUGCACAAGUAUCCCCUGGCUCUGCUUUUGUAUCUUGAAUUCCUAAUCAAUGAUCUUAACAAUGAGGAGGAGAGCUAUCACAACCGCUUGGCCCUGGCAUAUGUUACUCAAGCUCUGAGACAGGAGGAGGAAGAACAGUCAGAUGUGAGAGAGACCAGAGGGAAGCUGCAGCAGCUGCUGUGGGAAUCCAAAUUCUAUAACAUCUCUGUUGUGUAUGAGAGUGUAAAAUCAACAACCCUGCACACUGAGAAGGCCAUUCUCCUUGGUAGGAGAGGUGAACACUUGCAGGCCCUUCAGACCCUCGUGCAUCUGGAGAAAGACCUCCGAGCAGCAGAGCUGUACUGCUGCAGGGCUGCCCGGGGCCGGGACUUCAAGUCCAAGGAGGUCUUGCUCCUCAGCCUGCUCCAGGUCUACCUGAGCUCCCAGGAUCUCAUAAGUGCUGCCGUGGAUCUGCUCAACAGUCACCCUCAGGCCUUCUCAGUGGAGACUGUGAUCCAGCUGCUUCCUGAAACCUGGUCCGUUCAGCUGGUCUCCCAGUUUUUAGUCGGAUCCUACCGGCGAGUCUUUCACCAGAGGCAGACGGUGAGGCUGCAGAGGGCCUUGUCCCAGGCGGAGCUCUUGAGGCACAAAGCCAUUUGGCUCCAGGCCUCAAAAACAAUGUUCAGAGUGCUGAAAGAGCAGAAGUGCAGGGUCUGUCAAAGAGAACUUGCAGAGCCCCAGUUUUCCUGCAACCUGCAAGGAGAGCUGAUUCAUGUCACUUGCACCGGCUGCUCUGCGUAA